UUCAAAGUCGAACGCCGAAACUUCUCUUCUCAGCCCCACUAAACGCCGUGAAGUCAUGGCAGACACGAACAUACAAGUGAAAGAAGCAGUGCUGGUGACCCCUUCAGAGCGAACCCCGACCCAUGUCCUCGCCCUCUCUGCUGUCGAUUCCCAGCUCUUUCUCCGCUUCACCAUCGAAUACCUCUUUGUCUACCGCUCUCGCUCCGUCAAUGACCGUUCUGCAACUAGAGCUCGUCUCAAAGCUGCACUCUCCCAAGCCCUUGUCCCUUACUACCCACUCGCCGGUCGAGUCAGGGCGGCUAGACCAGACGGUUCGCACCUAGAGGUUGUUUGUCGAGCCGAAGGUGCGGUCUUCAUUGAGGCCGUCUCUGAUAUUUCAGCAACCGAGUUGGAACUCGCCCCGCGUUACUCUACUCAGUGGCGAAACUUACUGUCAUUCCACGUGCCAGAUGUUAUUAGAGGGGCCCCACCUCUUGUUGUCCAGCUGACUUGGCUUCCUGACGAUGCAGCGGCGGUUGCGGUAGGGAUUAGCCAUUGUAUCUGCGACGGAAUCGGUAGCGCCGAGUUCUUAAACGCAUUUGCUGAUUUAGCAACUGGUCGACGCGGGAUUACUGAUUUGAAACCCAAACCAGUCUGGAAUCGUCACCUUCUCGAUCCUGUCAUUCGUACACACCACCAGCCGGGUUGCCACCCCGAAUUCAACCCAGUCCAAGAUCUCUCCGGGUUUGUUCACCGAUUCUCCCGAGAACCGCUCACUCCGACAUCCUUCACCUUCGACCGAAGAGCUCUAACGCAACUGAAGAAGCUCUCAUUGUCCACGAGUCGACCCAGCGAGUUGGAGCUCUCGUACACAUCGUUCGAGGUGUUAACCGCGCAUGUUUGGAGAUGUUGGGCUAGAGCUUUGCAACUGCCGGGGACACAAACGUUGAGGCUUCUCUUCAGCGUCGACAUUCGGAACAGAGUGAAACCCAAUCUCCCCGAAGGAUACUACGGUAACGGGCUCGUUCUCGGUUGCGCGCAGGCCGGAGCAAAGGAGCUGGUGGAGAAUGGGUUGGGUUGGGUGGCGGGGUUGAUCAGGAGGGCCAAGGAGAGGAUAGGUGAUGAGUACGUGAGAAGAGUAGUGGAAUCUGUGAGCGGGUCUAGGGCGUGCCCUGACUCGGUGGGGGUGUUGAUAGUGUCGCAGUGGUCAAGGUUGGGACUGGAGAGAGUUGACUUGGGGAUGGGAAAACCCGUUCAUGUGGGUCCAGUUUGUAGUGAUAGGUAUUGUCUGUUCUUGCCAGUUCACGAGCGGAGCGAUGCCGUGAAGGUGAUGGUGGCGCUACCCAAUAGCGCCGUUGACAAGUACGAAUACUUCCUGACCAGAACUUCCUCUGCUGACUGGUUCCGUACAAAUUGACUUGUAAAACUUUUUGUUUUUUUUUUUGAUUUUUCUACUAUUGAGGAAUCUCCUGGUGCGCACACCAAUUCAGAUUUCUUCUCUUU